ACUUUUGACGAGGUUUGUGAAGGAAAAGAUUUCAAUGGAGGAGAAGAACACUGCCGGCAAAAGAAAGACUGUUCCUUCGAUUCCGGCUAACUACAUCAGCAUCCUUCAGCUUCAAGAGCGUUGGCUCAAUGAGAAAGAGAAGAAGCGAAAGGAGGAGGAAGAAGAAGAGAGACGACGGAAACAAGAGGUUGAGGAAGAGAAAAAGAUAAAGGAAGAAGAUCUGAAGAAAGCAGAGGAGGAGAAGCGUAUGAAUCGAAGUAAUCGGAAGAAUUUUGGGAAGAAAAAGAAAUCUAUAGACGGCGGAGAAGCAAGAUUCGUUGAGAAGGAGAAACCGGAAGUCACGGCGGCGAUCGAGAGCGGUGAAGGGGAAGAUACGGCGGAGGGAUUACCGAAGAAGAAGAAGAAGAAUAAGGGAUCUUGGAGGAAACGGUAUAAUAGCAAGAAGAAGAAUCAAGAUGUGGCUGUGGUUGAGGAUGUCGUCGAUUGUGGUUGCGUAUCAAUCCCGCCGCCUGAGUCCGUCGUGACGGAGAAUGUUACUCCGGUAAAAGAUGUGGUUCGAGUUUAUAGGAAGAAAGGAGAAAAAGCGACCAAAUCAGAAGAGGUUACGGAUGUGAUGGCCAUAGAAACAAAAUUUGAGAAUCUUUCUAUCAAAAGAGAAGAAGAAACCAAAACUCUAAAGGCGCAAACCCAAACCAAAUCGAUUAAUCGUAAUAGGCCAAAGCAGGGGAAAGAUUUUGCGCAUCAGCGUGUUAAAAUGCCGAUAGGAGCUGCUUCAAUGGUGUGGGUGAAGAAGGAGAGAGCUAAUGAUGGAAUUGCAAGUGGCGUGAAGCCAUUAAAUGCGUAACGUUUGCUUAAGGUUUGCUGCUAUUGCUGUGUUCUGUGGAAGGGUGAAGAAAACUAAACAAAACAGUAUGAAUUUGGUAAUAUUCUUGGAUGUUCAUUGAAUUGAAAGAUGAUCAUAUGAUCCUGGUAUUUCUGUAGUAAAGCAUUAGGGACUAAGGUUUGAGGUUAAUUGUAUGCAAAUGUACAUAAUUUUGAAGUAAAGAACAUGAUUCCCA